GGUGCCAUUUAGGGCUGUGUUUCUCCCCCAGCUGGAUAAUUACCUGCUGUCCAUGUCCUACGGGGGGUCCCAGCUCUGGGCCGGGGACAACCAGGGCCACGUUUACCUCUUUGGCAGCACCGGCGGUGUUUUCCAGCCCCUCCGGUACUUCGACGUGGGGCACCAGCUGCAGAUCACGGGGCUCUGGCACUCGCUGGGAUCCCUCUACACCACGAGCACCGACAAGACCCUCAGGAUCCACAUUCCCACCGACCCCCCCCGCACUAUCUGCUCCUGGACACACGACGACGUCCUGAACGGGAUCAGUGUGGACGGAGACGUGGUGGCCGCGGCCUCGGGGGGGCUCUCGGUCGAGGUUUGGAGGCUCCGGACCUGACUCGGGGCCUGGGGGGUCCCUCCUGCAGGGUGGGGGGGCUCAGCCCGAGCCCCCCGGGACCCCCCUGUGCCCCCAGCGUGAGAGGGAGGCCGGGCCCGGAUCCGGGGUCUGGGUGUGGCUGGAAGCUGUUGGUUGUAUUAAAGAAUUGGACUGGAGCGGG